AUGUUCGACACAGUUUCUCCCAGUCGCCUCUUGGCGCUCACCGUCUGCUCGCUUCCGCUUGUCUCGGCCGCGGCCUGUCCAUUUGGCCAUAGCAAGCGCGAUGCUGUGCCUGACUUCCACAAACCUAUGCUACAGGAGCGGUACAGCGCAGACGGGGCUGACUUUGGCGUGUGCCCGAGGAAGGCCAACGUCGCUGGCGGUGGCACGCGCAGCAAGGACUGGUGGCCCUGUGCCCUAAGCCUGGCUGUGCUGCGUCAGAAUGCCGACCAGUCCAACCCACUGGGCGGAGAUUUCGACUACGCCACUGAGUUUGCCAAGCUUGAUGUGGAGGCGCUCAGGAAGGACAUCACGGAGCUGCAAACCAACUCCCAGGAAUGGUGGCCUGCAGAUUUCGGCAACUAUGGCGGCUUCUUCAUCCGGAUGGCCUGGCACAGCGCCGGUACCUACCGCCAGAUCGACGGUCGUGGCGGAUCUGGCAUGGGCCAGCAGCGUUUUGCCCAGCUGAACAGCUGGGCUGACAAUGCCAGUCUCGACAAGGCUCGCCGUCUUCUUUGGCCGAUCAAGCAGAAGUACGGCAACAUGAUCUCGUGGGCCGACCUGAUGGAGUUCACCGGCCACGUCGCCAUCGAGAACAUGGGCCUCCCUCUGUACGGCUUUGGCUUUGGCCGGGUCGACACCUGGCAGGCCGAUGAGGGCAUCUACUGGGGCUCUGAGCACGAGAUGUACUCGCAGCCCGGCAGCUACAAGGACCGCUACAACGGCAGCACCGACAUCACCGACCGUGCCGACAAGCUCGAGAAGCCGCUCAGUGCCACCAACAUGGGCUUGAUCUACGUCGACCCACAGGGUCCCAGUGGCAAUCCUGAGCCGGCCGGCUCUGCUCUCGACAUUCGCGAGACGUUUGGUCGCAUGGGCAUGGACGACGAGGAGACCGUUUCCCUGAUUGCAGGUGGCCACACUUUCGGAAAGACCCACGGUGCUGUUUCUGGAGACUACAUCGGUCCUGAGCCAAUGGCUGCUCCCAUCGAGCUGCAGGGUCUCGGGUGGAAGAACAGCUUUGAAAGCGGUGUGGGCGAGAAUGCCUACACUUCUGGCAUUGAGGUCAUCUGGAGCAAGACGCCUACCAACUGGUCCAACCACUUCUUCGAUUCCCUCUUUGGCAACAACUGGACGCUCGCCUCGAGUCCGGCUGGUGCACACCAGUGGGAGGCUGUCAACGGCAACGUUUCCAUUCCAGACCCGUUCGUUGCUGGAAAGUUCCGGAAGCCCACCAUGUUGACGAGCGAUCUGGCUCUUCUCAACGACGUGUCCUACCUCAACAUCUCCAACACUUUCUGGAACGACCCGAAGUACUUUGGCGAGACGUUUGCGCGCACCUGGUUCAAGCUUCUCCACCGUGACAUGGGCCCGAUUUCGCGCUAUCUCGGACCCUACGUCCCCAAGACGCAGCUGAUCUGGCAAGAUCCCCUCCCGACGGUUUCUUCCCAGACCAUCGACGAUGCCGAUGUGACUCAGCUGAAGGCUGCCAUCCUUUCUUCCUGCAACUUGAGCUCCGGCCUGAACACCUCCAGCCUUAUCACCACCGCCUGGGGUGCUGCUUCGAGCUUCCGGAUCUCUGACAAGCGCGGUGGUGCUAACGGCGGCCGCAUUGCCCUGGAGCCACAGAACUCGUUCGCGGUUAACAACCCGGACCGCCUGAAGAUCGUUCUGCCUGCUCUGGAGAAAGUGAUGACCGACUUCAACUCCAAGAACACUGGGAAGAAGGUAUCUCUGGCUGAUCUCAUCGUUCUUGGCGGCACCGCUGCAGUCGAGAAGGCGGCCAAGGAUGCUGGCUUGACAGUGUCGGUUCCUUUCACCCCUGGCCGCGUGGACACCACCCAAGAACUCACCGACGUGAAGUCGUUUGCUUUCCUCGAGCCUGUCGCCGACGGCUUCCGCAACUACGGCCAGGGCAAUGCUCGCGCCCUGACGGAGGAGCUGCUGGUCGACAAGGCCAGUCUUCUCAGCCUCACCGUUCCGGAGAUGACAGUCCUUGUCGGCGGCAUGCGUUCCCUGGACGCAAACUACGACGGGUCCAGCUACGGCAUCUUCACUGACCGUCCUGGCAAGCUGUCGAACGAUUUCUUCGUGAACCUGCUCAACAUCUCGACCACCUGGACGGCUGUCAACGGCACCAACGACGAGAUCUUCACGGGCACCGAUCUGUACACCGGAGCCUCCAAGUAUACGGCUACGCGUGCUGACCUGAUCUUCGGUUCGCACCCCGAGCUGCGGGCCGUUGCAGAGGUUUACGGUUCCAGCACCGCGCAACAGAAGUUUGCAGACGACUUUGUCAAGGCCUGGGCCAAGGUGAUGGACCUGGACCGCUACGAUGUCAAGGGGCGCAAGCAGAACAAUGUCCAGUAA